UUAACCUCUUAUUGAUAGAAAUGUGUUGGAUAUGAUUUGUUUUUAAUGAAUUACACUUUUAUUUCAUGCUGGAAAGACUAAAUGGUAUCCCUAUCUCUGCAAACUGGAAAUCCAAGGUAACGUCGAAUCUGCAGAUUGUGACGUCACAGUAGUAAAUACGACAGACUUUAUUUUGGUCCUGUACAAAGCAUACAGACCCUAUUGGGAAUAAUUGCUAGAUUUAUAAAAGUAGUAUCUAGUCCAUAAACAAGAAUGGAUAGUGAUGAUGGUUUUAUGGACUACGAUGACCAGUCAGGGGACGAAGAAAUUAGCGAAGAGGACGACGACUUUGUAGAAAUGGGCCUCGAAGCCGAACCAAGUACAACACAAGACAAACGAGAGGCAGAAGAUUUUGCGUAUGAAGUACUGCCAGCAGAUCAAAUAGUUCAGUUUAUGGUGGAUUGUAUAAAAGAAGUCAACGCUGUUGUUCAGAUUCCUUCAACAGUUACCAGAAUUUUAUUAAAUCAUUUUAAAUGGGACAAAGAAAAGUUAAUGGAGCGAUACUAUGAUGGUGAUCAGGAUCGUUUAUUCUCAGAAGCGCAUGUUGUAAGUCCCCACCGAAGACCAGACACAGGAGCCAGACCCAAGAAAAUGACCAGGUCUGCCACAGCAGCAGCCAGCACAGAGUCAAUUUGUGAGAUUUGCUAUACACCUGUUCCUGGAGUGGAAAUGACUGGUUUAGAAUGUGGGCAUAAAUUUUGUGUUCCCUGCUGGACAGAUUACCUUACCUCCAAAAUCAUGAACGAGGGGAUGGGACAAACCAUUUCAUGUGCAGCAUAUGGUUGUGAUAUACUUGUUGAUGAUGCCACAGUCAUGAAACUUGUUACAGAUAGAAAAGUGAAAUUAAAGUACCAGCAAUUAAUCACAAAUAGUUUUGUUGAGUGCAACCGGCUGCUGAGAUGGUGCCCUGCUCCAGACUGUGGUCAUGCAGUCAAAGUUCAGUACUUCGAUGCCAAGCCUGUUACCUGUAAAUGUGGUCACACCUUUUGUUUUGCUUGUGGAGAAAAUUGGCAUGAUCCGGUACAGUGUAAAUGGUUGAGAAAAUGGAUCAAGAAAUGUGACGACGACAGUGAAACCUCCAACUGGAUUGCUGCCAAUACGAAAGAAUGUCCCAAAUGCCAUGUGACCAUUGAGAAAGAUGGAGGAUGUAAUCACAUGGUAUGCAAAAACCAAAACUGCAAGGCGGACUUUUGCUGGGUGUGUCUAGGACCUUGGGAGCCUCAUGGAUCCUCAUGGUACAACUGUAACAGGUAUGAUGAAGACGAGGCAAAGAAGGCCAGAGAUAACCAAGAGAAAUCGAGAUCUGCACUCCAACGAUAUUUGUUUUACUGCAACAGAUAUAUGAAUCACAUGCAGAGUUUAAAGUUUGAGAACAAAUUGUAUGCUUCUGUGAAGCUGAAGAUGGAGGAGAUGCAGCAACAUAUGUCAUGGAUUGAGGUCCAGUUUCUGAAGAAAGCAGUUGAUGUUCUGUGUUUAUGUCGGCAGACGCUUAUGUUUACUUAUGUGUUUGCUUUUUAUCUGAAGAAAAAUAACCAGUCUAUCAUAUUUGAGGAAAACCAGAAAGAUUUAGAGAAUGCCACCGAACAACUGUCCGAGUACCUAGAGAGGGAUAUCACCUGUGAUAUGUUGAAUGACAUCAAGCAAAAAGUCCAAGAUAAGUAUAGAUACUGUGAAAGUAGAAGAAAUGUUUUAUUGGAUCAUGUACAUGAAGGAUAUGAAAAAGAUUUAUGGGAAUACUAUAAUGAUUAUUAGUUAUAUUUAUUAAAGUGAAAAUUUAACUAAUAGGUAAAUAUAUUCUGGAUUGGAGUGUUGCAUAAAUGAUGUAAAUGUGACAAACAUUUCCACAAAGAUUGGCUACAUGUAUGACUUUUCAAAAGUUAAAUAUUGUUUGUGUACAGUAUGCCAGAUUUUGUUGUUUGAUUGUGAGAAAGAUUUACCUGUGGGUUUUAUGUGUGCGAAAAUCCAUUUGAGGUCAGGUGAAUAAAAAUCUUAAGAGAAAAUGUUUUUAAUACAGUGGGAAAUUAUCAAUAUUGUUGUUUUUUCCAAAGAUAUGUCAAAAAUAUCUGAAUUAAGGUCAGACGACACGUUUCUCAAAUAACUGCUUUUGCGUCUCUGUAAUUUACCAAAAAUAUCUAAAAUUAUUGUUAUCUUGCUAUUUCUAAACAGUUUGUUUUUUUACUGUUAACUGUUUUUAAAAUAUCUUUUAAAUAUAAAGACUAAAAAAUUGUGAUAUAAGCAAUUCAAGUCUUUUCCAAAAGGAUUACAUAGGAAAUACCAUCCUCCGUUACCUUCCACAAAUGCCCGGUAAGGUACCUCAAUUUUUUGCGAGGAAACUUGUUAAAGUAGAAAUACUUCAAUGACAAAUUAUCGGGAAAAAUUAUAUAUUAUUGAGGAACAUGUCUUCUGACCUUCAAAGGAAAAUUAGGUUUUUCUUAUAUUUGAAUUCAAUAGUUUGUCAUGUAUUAAAAUAUUUAGGCAUCUCUUUGUUAAUUUAUGUUAUCUUAAACAAUCUUCAUUGUACAUUUUCAAUUUAUUGUUAAACAUGAAAUACAAAUUUGCAUUAGUAUGAAUGAGUAUUGCUAUGUAUUACUAUUAGAAAGCACCAAGGCUUCCAAUGUGAAAAGAAAAACCAUGGUUUGUUGCAUUCAUGACAGUCUCUUAAAUAAUUUGAUUAGAAUUUCAGUUUCAAUUAUUAAGAAUGAGCUACAGAUUAGAAUCAGUGAAAUAGUUGUUGUUUUUUUAAUUUGGAAGCUUAAUUACAGGCAAAUGUAGAAUUAAUAAUUGUCAGAUUAAAAUUGAAUGGAAUUAUCGGCCUGUAUAGAUAAAACCCAAUUUUGGAAAAAUUUAUAAGCCCUAAAGGAAAAAAUCAACUUUUUAUGAACAUUGCUGAAUCAUGGUGCUACAUGUAAAAGAAUACAAAUUGAAAUGUUUUACUUUAUUUUAUUUUUUUACAGCAGUAUUUUAAACAUAGAAUCUUUACAACAUCCCUUAUAGAUCAUUGUGAAGCAUCCAUUCUUGAGUGUUAAAGUGUCUAUUCAAUUAUUUUUCUACAGAACAACUUUUUUGUAUUACCUUAAUAAAUUGAGCAAAUUUGCUUAUUUUUUGUUACACGCUCCAAAGACUUUCCAUGAACAUUUGCCCUCAACAUAUCAUAUGAGUGAAGUGUCAACAUCUUGCAGUGCCACACUGUUUCUCUCUGUGUAUAAGAAUAGAAUGUUUUAUGUCGACAUGCAUUUAAUUUGUGGUUUUGAAGCAUGUAUACAGUGAGUGAAAUCAAGAUUUAAAUGUUUGCUUUUGUUACAUCUGUCUGUAAAAAAAAAAGAUGUGUAGGGUAAAUGUGAUAUAAUGUUUAAUUAUUAAAGUAUGGAAAAAAUUGA